GUUAUUCAAGCCAAAGAUAUUAAUCUUGAUAGACAACCUAGUGAUCUAUCAUUAGAAAUAGAUAUGGACAUUCAAGAAAAUACUGCACAAAAUACGAAAUCGAGUUUUGACUUGAAAGAAGAUGGCACCGAUAAUAAUUCAAAUGGAUUCAAUAGUCCUAUUUCACAACUUCUUGAAGAGA